UCCCAGUUGGGCCCGCCGCGCCUUCCGGUGCGCCUUCCGCUCCGCCUCUCCAGGCAGGAAGUGCCGGCGCCGCCACUGUCCGACCACAUCCCUGCUCUCGUCUCCGUCGCUCCUCGUCUCGCGCAGGGCAGCCCCGGUUCUGGUGUGUGGCGCCGGCUCCAGAAUUAAGCAAUCAUGUCGAGCAAAAAGGCAAAGACCAAGACCACCAAGAAGCGCCCUCAGCGCGCAACAUCCAAUGUGUUCGCCAUGUUUGACCAGUCACAGAUUCAGGAGUUCAAAGAGGCCUUCAACAUGAUUGAUCAGAACAGAGAUGGUUUCAUCGACAAGGAGGAUUUGCAUGAUAUGCUUGCAUCUCUAGGGAAGAAUCCCACUGAUGCAUACCUCGAUGCCAUGAUGAAUGAGGCUCCAGGCCCCAUCAAUUUCACUAUGUUCCUCACCAUGUUUGGGGAGAAGCUAAAUGGCACAGAUCCUGAAGAUGUCAUCAGAAACGCUUUUGCCUGUUUUGAUGAAGAAGCAACAGGAACCAUUCAGGAGGACUACCUGAGGGAGCUGCUGACCACAAUGGGGGACCGUUUUACAGACGAGGAGGUGGACGAGCUGUACCGAGAAGCACCUAUUGACAAAAAGGGGAAUUUCAAUUACAUCGAGUUCACACGCAUCCUUAAACAUGGAGCAAAAGACAAAGAUGACUGAGAGAACUUCAAAUUCCAGCCAAACGUUCCUUAUUGCCACUCUGGGUAUUUCUGAGAUUUUCUCUUGCAUGCCCUUAGCUUUACAGCUUUUGCCUUUCUUGUUGUAUUUAUUCUCAGCCAUUUUGGGCACAUGUAUCUUUAUAAUCAAACUGGAAAUGGGACUUUUUGUCAUUUUCAGAACAGAAAAUAGGGUAACUUACCGGCUCUCCUUCCUUUCAAUAACUGCAAUCUUCACAGAGUCAAUAUAUUUUUUCAGAAAAAGUUAUUCAUUCAAUUUUUUCUGAACAAUAAUUAAACUUUAUGAUAAAAUA